AAACCUUUAAUAUUGUAUUAGUUGAUUAGUAGCUAACACAUCUUUAUAAGGUUGACAAUGUGUAAUUCUUUGUCUGUCUAUCAGCUUUUUUGUAGCUGGGUUGCACAGUCCGUGGCUAUUAGUGUUACGUAAUGACUGUGCUGGCUGGGUUAGGUCGACUACGAUAGCAUGUACUCACGAAGAAAAUCAUAUAGCUAUAUCUAGACUGGAAAAGUUUAAAUUUUGUCCACAGUGGAACCAUGUAUUUUAAGUUAUAUCGCAGAUGUUUUAGUGGAGCCUGACAAGAGAAUAGGCUCGAGAGAGGUGAAUAUGUUUCAACAGAUCACUCACAUUUGAGAAAGAUCUUCCUCUUAACUUCGUGAAUGCUUCAACAACUGAAGGUUGCAAGGUGACAGAAAAAAAAAAUAUGGAGUUUGACAAAGGAGUUGCCAUUGAUGAAGCUAAAGAAGAUGGACGGGAUGAGUUGAACAAGGACCUGCUUAAACUAGACGAGGCACUCCGCAAGAUACAGAUAACUCCAGCAUGUUCCCUGCCAGAACAAGCACAGCAGGUUGACCUGUCCCAGUGCCCAACCUCAUAUAAGGAAAACUCCCCACAGGAAAAACUACUGCUUGCAAUCGCUGAAAACUUCCGCUGCCAGUAUGCGCACAUUUACCCUGAUCGGAAGCCCCUUCUGCUGUGCCCACUCAAUGAGUGCGGUGUCCAGAAAUUUGUGAGUACAACCUUGAGGCCCACCUUGUCCCCGUUCCCGGAGCUGUACAGCUGGGAUGGAUGUGCCAGCUUUGUGUCAGAUUUCUUGUCUUUGGAGCCACUGGAUCCACCCACAGACCCGCCAAAACACCUCCACUCUCCAACCUGGGUGUUGCAAACUAAUAGAGGCUCCUGCUUUGAGUUCUCUACCCUGCUGUGUAGUCUAUUGCUGGGCGCUGGCUACAACGCCUACUGUGUCAGUGGAUACGCUGUGAAGGAAAUGUGUCUCCUUAACCAGUCCCUCCAGCAAUGUCCUCUACUGGGUCCACUUGUUAAGGUAAAAGCUACUAAGCAGAGGCAGCAGGUGAAGAAGUACUCAGUGAAACCACCCCGGGACCUUUGCAGUGGCUUUGAGCAGCGUCAGGAGGAUCGCAGACAGGCUGAGGCACAGGCUAUUCUCCUUCAGAAACAGCAGGAGGAAGAGAGACUCCGAGAGGACGGGGAGCGUCCUCCCCCUGAUGCCCUGUUGGGCCUGCGGGUCCACUGUUGGGUUUUAGUUCUGGCUGACAGCAGGGAGGUUCCCGAGAACUUCUUCAUUGACCCACUCUCAGGGAAGAGUUUCUCCACCACCGACAAAUGUUUCCUAGGCAUAGAGAGCAUCUGGAACCACCAGAACUACUGGGUCAACAUGCAGGACUGCCGCUUCGGCUGUGCGGAGAUGACCUAUGACCUGGGAGAUGCGGUGAAGUGGGAGUAUCUGCUCUAUGGUGCAGCUGGACAGUCUGUGCUUACUAUCCCUGAUAUGAUGAUGCAACAGGAAGUAGAAGAUGAAGAUGAGGAGGAGUCCAGGGUAUUUGAAAUGCCUCCAUCCUGGGUGAAUCAAAUCAAAAUCUCACAACAAGACAUGGAGACACGCUGCCCUGGGGGCAUGAAGGUUAUUCACUAUCGGAAGGCCAAGCUAGAAAAGUUUGCACCCUACCUCCUCAAGGAUGGUCUUGUGACACGCUUGACCACUUACUCGGACCUCGACUGUACCCAUUCUAGCACUGUGAAGGAGUGGUAUCAACACAGGCAUGAUCACCUUGAGGAACGGGAACUGAACAAGGCUACCAAUGUCACUGUUGAGCAUUUCAGACCUGGACGGAGCUUCGCUUUAAGAUGUAACAGAAUCUGGCAAACCCACAGAUAUAUUAUGAUGACGCCAGAGACAGAGCGUCAGAUGGACUUCUACAGCUGUGCCCGUGCAGACGGCCUGGUCAGGCGGGUCGAGAUGCCCUUUGAGAUGACCGAGACGUUUGAGAAUCGACCAGACUUCCUGUAUUAUCGUCAUGUGGUUUUUGGCAAGCGUGUCAAAGUAUUCAGCCCCAGUAACAAAGAGGCACCUGACCGGGUGGAUCGCCCUAUACAGAAGGUUGUGGAGAGUUUCCAUCGAGACCAGUCCAAACCAGCCAGGGAGGAUGUAGCAGAGCGUAUCUUCCUAGUGUGUGAGGACCGAAUCCAAGUGACAUACCACCUGGAGGAUGACCGGAUUAUACCUGCUUGGAGAAACUUCAUCAAACCCAAAGAUUCAGGGGAUUCCCAGAAACCACACUCAUUCUCCCGUCAGAUGGCCUCUACAUUUCAUGUCGAUUCAUUUGAAAAGCCCUGUAAGAAUCUCUUUCUGUAUGAAAUGCUAGUUCAUAUGAUGAAGGAGGAAGAGACUGUUGCUCUCAGAGUGAAGGACUCUGAAAAAGAGGUUAGGGCGAUACUGGCUGUAAGGGAACAAGAAGAAAGCAGUAUUGAGCUUCAUAUCUCUAUCUACAACACAGCGAGAAAUGAGAGAGCACGCUGCCACCGAGAGGCACAGGAACGGAUGGCUCAGGAGGAGCGUCUUCAAGAACAGGAAAAAGAACUGGACUUCUUAGCACCAUUUCUGGCCCAGCUGGUUGACCCAGAGAACCUGACUAGACAGGUUGCUUUAAAGCUGAGAAGCGACUGCCUGGCUGACCUGAAGCAGCGCCUUGUCGACAAAGCCAAUCUCAUGCAGGCUCGUUUUGAGAGGGAAACCCAGGAGCUUCAGCAGAAACAGCAGUGGUACCAGAAAAACCAGCUAACUAUGACAAAGGAAGAUGAAGAUGAAUACCUUGCCUACUGCUCUGAUGCCAUGUUAAGGAUCCAUGUUCUUAAGCUUCGUCUGAGCAGCCAUAAGGACAAAGCACCCCAAAAAUAUCUUUCUCUGGACGAGAGACUGAGACGAGACCCCAGAUUGGCCAAUCACUUGCUGUAAUGAAUAUGGAUACAUACAACUCCCUUAUCACCCAAUGAUCCGAACAUUUUUCAGUGACUUUCUAUUAGUUUAUGAGUUAAGCAAUAAACAGUUUUCUGACUUUAUAUUAGUGAAGCAAUAAACUGUUUAUAUCUCAGUGAUAAUCCAUCUUACAGUAAUUUUCAUCAUGACUUGUUUAUUGAGCUUAUAGUGGCGUUGGCAGGACUGGAAGUUACCGUUCUUUAGGGUUGCAUUAUUUAGCAUCUUUUUCUCACAAUAACUGGAUGUGGGAAUUAGUUUUUUUUUUUUUUUACAUCUGAUAUGUUAGGUUCAAGUUUGACUGGAUAUUUUUGUUAUAGAAUGAGUGUACCUCUGUAAAAUGUCAGUGAAGCAUUGAGCAAAAACCAACCUUUUUCUUUUCAAAUGAUUUGGAGUGUGGCCCCCUUGGUAAAGAUGAGCAAAAUAUGCUAUGAGAAUUUUUGGUUGUAUACUAGCAUCAUCUUACAUUCAGUAUAUGAGAAAUGGUAUCUUUAAUUGAGGUAAAAAAUACAUAUUUUUCUCCAAGUCAUGUGGCACAAUAUUUGGCACCCGUAAGAAUUCUUAUGAACCAAAUCUAAAAGAAGGAUCUUCCCAUUGAUAUUUUUCUGGAUCAUUUAGAACAGGAAUACAGGAGUAUGUAUAUGAGGUGACAUACUGUACACUACUCUUCAAAGGUUUGGGGUCACUUAGAAAUUACCAUGUUUUUGAAAGAAA